CAUUGAGAUUGAACGAUUGAGUCGAGCAGAACGCUACAUUUUGUUUUCAAUCAUGCAUUAUUCAAUGAAUCGUACUAAAUACAAUAAGUAUUCAAUCUAGUAUCAAAUUUAUCUUAAAUAAAUAAUUUAGUGAAGGAUAAAUACGAUUCUUAAUGAUUACGUGAUCUGACAAUAAGUAUCAAAGAAUUUCCCAUGGAUCUUGAAAUAAGUGAACUUUUGGUGUUCUUAUGUGAUAUAUACGAAAGUGUAAGCGACGUAAAUUGACCUGAAAAAAUGUUCAUGUGCUAAUUGGAAAGGUAGAAAAUACUAUUCUUGAGUAGCUGUAGGAUCAUGGUAAUAGAUAUGAGGUCUAGUUCGUCAACACCAAACAAAAUGAUUACAACCUGGCAUCAACAGGUCUUUGCCCUUGAUGCUAAAUAUAAUUCACAGCGCGCUGUGAAUAAUUCAAGUCUGGGUAUGUUGUAUAUACGUAGAAGAAAUCAAUUAUUGCGUGAAAAGCCUUGUAAAGAUCCCGAAUUACAAUAUCGAUAUUUAAAAUUACGAUCUGAACUUCUUCGUCGUAGGUAUGGUACUUGCCUAGAGACAUCAAGUUUACCUUCAGAAAAAAGUCUUGAAAUUAAAGCAAAAGUAAAUGCAGCAAAUAAAAAGUCUACUGCAGAAAGUUUUGCUGGUGUUCAUCAUGUUUUUGACCAGCACUCAGGUGCUAUUUCAAUGCUUAAAUUUGCUAAUAAUGAUCGGUCACGGUUUUGUUGUGCUUCAUUUGAUGGAACGAUAUCAAUAUGUGAAGCAACAACUAACCCACCUAAAGUUGUUGAAUUAUUACAAGGUCAUCAGAAAGGUGUUACAGCAAUAGAUUGGAGCAUGAGUAAUGAUCUUUUAGUCUCCUCAUCUCUAGAUGGUACAAUUAGAUUAUGGAGAAUACAUUCAGAUUCCAAGUCGGAUUGUUUAAGAGUUGUUGGUGACCAAUUGAGAGCUGAAACUUUGUGUUGCACAUUUGCUCCUACAAAUAAUAAUUUAGUUUUAGCUGGAAAUUCUCAAGGACUAUUACAAAUUUUAAAUGUUUCUACGGGCAAAUAUACUCGUGGUGGUUCAGUUAAAAUUGGAGGCAAAAUUACCGCACUUACUUGUGAGGAAAGUGGUGGCUUUUUAAUUUGGGUAGGAAAUGACAGGGGAAUAAUUAUGUCAUUUCGAUUAGAAUCUGGUUUAGGACGCUUAACUAAAUUGCGAAGAAUGGAAAGUACAGGAGGAUUAGUAUCUAGUUUGUCAUGGCGUCCUUGGUUAUCAAAAGAAUUUCCAUGGCCAACAUUACUUGUUAGCAGUGCAUGUAAUGCUGCAUUAUUGUAUCAUGUAUCAGAUGAGCAAGGUGGUUUAGUGCUGUGGAAAAGAUAUCCAAUUAAACAUAGGCAACAUAUGAUUUGUUCAACAUUCUGUCCUCAAAUUAGUACAUCACUAAUAGCUACUGGUUCCGAAGAUGGUUCAAUUCAUUUAUUGGACUCAGUGAAAGACGGAAGAUCAGCUCAAGUAAAUAGAUUGCUUGGACAUUCUGCACCUACUCUAUCAUUGUGUUUUAAUUAUGAUGAAUCUCUUUUGGCUUCUGGAGAUCAUCAAGGACUUGUGAUUCUUUGGCGAAAUCAACAAAAUCAAUUGUAAUUUAAUUAUAGAUAUAUAUAUUUUAUAAAUAUAUUUA